UUCUGGCAGAGAUAUUGUAUCAACAACCAAGGAAAGUGUUUGGAAAUUUAAAGAAAAGAAAACAUCAGAAAAUACAUCAAAAAGUGAGAAAAUUAUGGAAAUUGAUAAAAGACCAGAACAACAGCAACCACAAUUUAAUUCUAUUUUGAAUCCUCAGCCUGCACCCAAUAAAGUGGACCAUCAGAAAAGUGAACAACAAACAAUGGAACAACAAAAUUUACAACAACAAAAUAUUGGGUUGGAAACCGGUAAGGAUAAUGCUUUAGAAAACACCGAAAAGAAUAUGAAAGAUCUACACGGCGUAAAGCCGAAGUUAAUCCCACAGAAAUUGAAAGUAAUGAAACCUUAUCCUCAGGUCCGAAGCCUCCAACAAUACCAGCCGCCGUCCUGUUAAGCCAAGUGUAUUUUCGGGCUCCAGUGC